AUGCCAAUGCUUGAAAGAACGGCCGCAAGUCUGGAACCAUGCAACUUCCAACGAGUGCUCCCACCGACAACACUCUCUCUCAAGUCGCACCGAAGACUUCAUACCGCCUUCUGGCACCAUGGCGCUGUUGAUAUCGAGUUGUCCAGUGUAUGGCAAGCCCUCGUUCGGGAACCUCUCGAGUCGCUCAACUUUCUCCCCCUCUCUCGGUCUUCCAGGUCGGAGCCCCUGAGUGCCUCUGCCUUUUUGCUCGACUUCUUGAAUCCCCAGAGCGCAACGUCCCUCCUGAGAAGACUGUCUCCCUCAGCUCUCGACAAGUACGAGCGGCCGAGGCUUUAUCUUAGAGGUGCUGUGCCUCGGCUCUUUACAUCUUCGGCGGCUUCAGCGCAGCAUUCGCAGCAGUCCCCGGCCGGCAAGGCAUCAGAAGCCUCUGCUGUAGAACAUGAGUUUAUGAACGAUGAAGUGGCCUCUGAAGAGGAAGGCUUUGAUGAAGAUUACGACGACGAAUAUGAUGAAGCGGAAUCGCCCGCGUUUUCCGCCCAAUCAGCGCAUGUAGCCCCGACACGGCUGUCCAAGUCUCGAUGGGAGGUGCUGCAUGGCAUAUUCCAGACCGAAGAUGACUCCCAAUUUCUCCAUGCAUGGCGGCUGUACCACAAUACCCAGAACAUCGACCGACGCAGGGCGAUCCGCAACGAGUUCAUAGACUACGCAAAAAAAUGCCGAAGUAUGGACCAAUUACUUGCCCUGGCAAUCAAGUUCUCGAAGUGGGAGACCUUUGGAGAUAUCUGGGAACAGUACCCAGAUGCACACCGUGCCAAUGCCAGAAAACUCAAUUGGGAUCACAUUGAGAGCGUCCUUUCCGUAGAGGAAAUCGGAAACGGAAUCAAGUCUCUCGUGUUUCGCAUAGACCAGGCUAGCAAGUCUGUUGUGCGCGAGGAUCUCGGUUUUACCAAGAGUCUGCUGGACAGGGUGAUAUUCCCAUGUAUUCGCAAGUACUGGCGAGGUUGGAAUGCGGAUGAUCUCGCCCUGAUGCUGCAUUUACUCAAAGACCAUUUGCUCUACGAAGAUCUCAUCUGCCAUUCCAAAGAAUUAGGCCCGAGUCUCACGACCAAACUUUACAGGCAGUAUCGAAAAUUGCCUGAAGUUAAGCUUCGCGGUCACGUCAUGCGUGAAAUGAUGAACAAAGUCUUCUUCCCCGCUGACGACGCUGCUGGCAUGGAAAUGAUGGCGAGGGACUGGCACCGACGAUUCCCCAGACUUGAUAUACCCGGUUUCCGGCUCUACAUGUCUUUCUAUGCACGCCGCGGCGACGUGAAUGCAGUGCAGCGCCUGUGGGAUGAGUACACGACAGAGUAUCCUACCCGAGGAUCUCCUGUGGGCAGCAGGAACCCGGAAUAUCUUCCUCUGCUCCACGUCCAAGCGGUCAGGGGCGAGCUGGGCGAGGUACGGCGGGUGUUCGACACACUGCAAAACACCUACGGGACUGACCUCCCUGUCAUUUGCUGGAACGUACUGCUCAACGCUCAUGGAAAAGCUGGGGAGUAUGAUACGGCGGUUCGUGUCUUCAGCGUCUUGCAAGAAGCUUGCAAGCCUGAUAAGUACAGCUACGGCACAAUAAUGGGCUUGAGUGGGUCAAGAGGAGAUCUCGAAUUCACACUCGAGCUAUACCGAAUGGCCAAAAAUGAUGGCAUAGAGCCCAACCCGGCCAUGGUCGAUUGUGUUGUGGAAGCCUACUCCCAAAACGACAGGCACAAUGAUGCCGAGAGCAUCUGUGUCAUGACAACGAAAGCACAUCGGUUCAAGUUGGAAGAAUGUACUGUACUGUGGAACACGUUACUGUAUCACCAGGCCUCUCGGCGCGACUUGACGGCCGUCAAUCGCCUUCUCGUGGCGAUGACUGAACACCAGGUGCCUUACAACAACGAGACAUAUGAUCACCUCCUCCGAGGCCUGGCGCUAUGCCGGCAGCCUCAUCAUGCGCUGUACCUCCUAACAUCUGCUGUCAAAAAUCACUCAUUCAAACCGACGAUAAGGCACUAUGCUUUGCUGAUGAGUGCGUUUCUCAGGAGUGGCCAAUACACGGAAGCCCUCAGGAGCAGCACUAUCCUCCGAAACUUGGGCGUACCGAAGAGCAACGAGACCAUGGUUCGAGUUUUCAAAGCUCUAGGUGCGGAGGCCAAAAGGUCGCCAGGUGAAGACGACAGCAGGCAACGGUCUAUUUUGACCUCGGCGUUGCGACAGUUCAGGAAAGCGAUGGAACCUGCGCGGAAAUCUAAGCAAGCGCCGCAGCUUGGUCGCGCAUGGAUUCAGCCACUUAAAUUCCCAGACACUGUGGCGAGUCGUACAGAUCUGGCCUCCGUGUUGAUUUUUGUUUUCACACAAAUGAGGCAGACCAUGGCGGUACCAGAAAUUCUGCAGCUGUGGCGGAACUCAUCACCGGAGGCGGCAAACAUGCAAGAGCCUCCAUUGAAGCUGCUUGAGGCGCUGAUGCUGUCUGCUUUCUACGACGAGAAUUACACCGAAGUCAAAGAGCUGUGGCGUGUGAUCCUCGACCGCGCCGUUCACAUGAGCCGUGUUGCAGCACCCGGGACGACAAGGGAGGACCCCCUCCCAUCCAUGCGGUACAUUCUCAAUAACCCGCUCAAGACGAUGCAGCGUAUGUAUGCCGCGCAAGGUGAUGUCGAUGGCCUGCGGGAAGUCAUAUCCUCAGUCCUUUCUUCCAAGUUCCGGCUGGAUAGCAAGAAUUGGAAUUACUAUGUUCAGUUCCUGGCCUCGAUGAAGAAGUUCCGCGAGGCGUUCGUCGUGUGUGAGGAGCAGCUGAUGCCGCACUGGCUGGGCUGGCAACGGGUGCGCAGCAAGUUAGCCGGUUCCAAGACACAGCUGCCACUCGACUUGCGCCGCAAGGGUGUUAACUCCAGAGUCAACCGUCCGAUCUCGCACACUCUUUUGACCCUGACCAAGGCAUACAUGGACUUGGAGCAGAUGGCGGCCUGGAGCCCUGAGGCGGAUCGGCUGUUGAGCUACAUCGUCGACAAGUGCCCUGGUGUGAUGGCGGCUGUCAAGACCUUAGUGCGGACGGGUGAGGAGACGGAACGGAGGUUCUUCAUGAGCGAGAAGCAGGCACAAUUGGAGGAGGAUAUGAGAAGAGAGCAGGAAGAACGAGCACGGCUGGGGGACAAAGCAGACGAAGAGGUGCCGCAGGCCUUCUUGGACAUGAUGGAGCUGGCCGGGGCUGGGCAAGGCACAUCAGUGAAGCAGGAGUCCUGGGGUGACGAUAGAGACAGGGCCGUGAGUGACGCACAAAGUGACGAUGGGGACAGCCAGUGGUCUGAUGCGGAUGAAUCAGCCAGCGAAGACUGGACGCCGAGAGGGCCUGGGCGAGGAGACAAGCGCUCUCAGCAGCCGCAUGAUACCUCAUCUGGCCCUCAAGCAUCUAGGCCUUCGGACGGUGAUGUCUCUCCCGAUGAGUUGCGCAGGGCUGAGGAUGCAGUGUUUGCGACCAAGAAGCCUGCCAUCUUCUCGUCUGCAGCGAAGUCAACUCAACGGUCGGCCUCACGCACGUCCGAUAAGAAGGACAGAUGA